CGCCCUCCGAGGCGCCUGACACUGAACCGCAGCCCCUUGUCAUUUUCGGCCCCGCAGGUCUCCAUUUUCUUCUUUCCCGAUAUUCAGGAUCAGAGGAGUGAAGAUUUGGAAAAAUGAAUGAAGACUACGACGUAAUCGUGCUGGGCACUGGACUCACGGAAUGCAUUUUAUCAGGAAUCAUGUCGGUGAAGGGGAAGAAGGUUCUGCACAUGGACCGAAACUCCUACUACGGUGCUGAUAGUGCCUCCCUCACACCUCUGGAAGAUGUCUACAAGCGCUUCAGUCUUCCUGGGAAACCUCCUGAGUCCAUGGGAAAGGGUCGGGAUUGGAACGUGGACCUCGUCCCGAAAUUCCUGAUGGCCAAUGGUCAGCUGGUUAGCAUGCUGCUGAUCACGCAGGUGACUCGCUACCUGGAUUUCAAAGUGGUUGAGGGCAGCUUUGUGUACAAGGGGGGUAAAAUCCACAAAGUACCAUCCAGUGAGACUGAGGCUCUGUCAUCUAGUCUGAUGGGGAUUUUUGAAAAACGCCGCUUCAGAGGUUUGCUGGUCUGGGCUGCCAACUAUGACGUGAACAACCCGAAAACCUGGGAGGGCCUUGACCCCAACAAAUCCACCAUGGCGGACGUUUACAAAAAGUUUGGUGUGAAUCAAGAUACCACAGACUUCACAGGCCACUCCCUCGCACUCUACCGCACAGACGAGUACCUGAACAAACCGUGCAUCGAAACGAUAAACAGGAUAAAGCUGUACAGCGAGUCUCUGGCCAGAUAUGGCAAAAGCCCAUAUCUGUACCCACUGUAUGGCCUGGGAGAACUGCCACAAGGGUUUGCCAGACUCAGUGCGAUCUACGGGGGGACGUAUAUGUUGAACAAGCCCAUAGAGGAGAUCGUGAUUGAGGAUGGGAAGGUGGUGGGAGUCAAGUCUGAGGGAGAGAUCGCCAGGUGCAAGCAGCUGAUCUGCGACCCCAGCUACAUCCAGGACCGCACCACCAAAGUGGGUCAGGUGAUCAGAGCCAUCUGCAUCUUGAGUCACCCCGUUGGACAAACCAACAGCGUCAACUCUUGUCAGAUCAUCUUCCCCCAGAACCAGGUCAACAGGAAGCACGACAUCUAUGUUUGUAUGAUCUCCUUCGCUCACAACGUGGCGGCACAGGGGAAAUACAUAGCCAUCGCCAGCACCACAGUAGAGACAAAUGACCCUGAAAAAGAGCUCAAGCCGGCCCUGGAUAUCCUGGAGCCCAUCGACCAGAAGUUUAUCAGCAUCAGUGACCUGUAUGCACCAACUGAUAUGGGAACUGACAGUCAGAUUUUCAUCUCCCGCUCGUACGAUGCCACAACUCACUUUGAGACCACCUGUGACGACAUCAAGGACAUCUACAAGAGGAUGACGGGCUCUGACUUUGACUUUUCUGAGAUUGAGCGCACUAAGAACGACAUCUUCGGCGACUGCCCAGAGUAGAGGCGACACUCCUGCUUAUCAAAGACGACGCUGCCGGCAAACCGAAAUCAUACAAAAUUAAAAAUAGAAAACCUACAUAAAAAUGUACACACCAGUGGGCUGGCUGAGGUUCAUGGUUGGCCCAUUGAGGCAGUUAAUGGUAUAUAUAGAGAUAUGAUAUAACAUUGUUGGGUAGGGUUCAGGGAGGGAUCUAUGCUUUUUCAAGUCAAAUUCACAUGAUUGUUGCACUAAAAACUGGUCAUUAUACGGUAAUCCCCUUAAUCUUUCUGCUUCGUCAUGCGAAUUGAUGCGUGCUCCAAAGAUGCCAAAUCAAAUGAUAACUCAUAAUCAGUAGUAUUUUCAGAGCUAUUAUGUUUUUCGGGGGGGGACAAUUAAUUUUCCUGUCGUAAUAUAAAAGGUAUUUUUCGUGUUGGGGUGGGAGAAAAGUGGCUUGACUUUGUGUGUCCGGAUUGAAUCAUGUCGGUAUCUAAAUGUUGUGACUCUACCGUGUUCGAGCCAAGCAUCUGCACCCCAGCUGAUGGUUCAUAUCGUAUCGUAAAAGGGUGUGAUCGUAAAAUUAUCGUAAAAGGGUGCGAGGGCUCGAUAUAUUUAGUCUUUUAACCCCUUUUUCGUCUAGUCUCCACAGAUGUGCCGCACUAGCCGAGCCAAAAGAGCGCCAGCAUAAAACCUCCCGAACCUCUUCUCAACAGCUUGAGUUACUUUAACGCAUCAGAGGAGAUAUAUUAGUUCCUGUAUUAUGCAAAGUGAUGGAUGGCCUGUGCAUUAACAGCAGGUUAGCGGGAAGUGUGAUUGACUGUAAUUGCUUAAGAAGGACCAAAUGUGUACUGCAGCAGUAUUGAACUGAUGAGAGCUCUUUGAUAUCCUCCAUUUUAAACAACUUAAACUAUAAACAUCUCGGGCUCAAAUGAUUUCUGUACUGCAAAGUAAAAACAACUUUGUCAAAAACCAAAA